GCGCCGGCAGUGGUGGGAAGGCUGGCGCGAGGCGUGAGGUGGCGUGAGGCGAAGCGGGAAUCUGGCUCUGUCACGGGGGCUGGUGCUUCACGGGUUUGUGUCCUAGACAGGCGAGUGGAUCCCAGUGGGCGAGAGACAUUUUAAUCUGGAAGAGUCUUGUGAUGGGGCAGACAGUGAAGAAGUAGUAAAAUAUUCACAAGAUGAAGAUUUUUCCAGAAGGGACUUGGAAUCAAAGAUGGCUUUUUAUAUUUGACAAGAUAUAAGUUCCACAGGGGCAGGAAUACUUGUCUCUCAUCACUUGAUAUAUCCAGAAGAGCCUAAAACAGCACAAGGUCUUGUCAUCUGUAAUGAAGAUCAUUGUGAAACAGAAGAUUGAUUAAAGCCUUGUAACAUUGGACCUAGAUUAGAGAUUUAGAAAAGAAAGUCAAAAUUAGUCACUUUGGUGUUAGUGUUCCCGUUUCAUAAUAUUUAUUCUUUCUUCUAAAUAGAUUUAGGGAGUAGAAAUUAAAAUUCAAUGCUAUACCAAAGGAUAUACUAAUAUUUGUUUGGCUUUUUUUCCCUUUUUGUGAGGGAGAAAAAAGUAGAUAACGAAAAGCUAUAGUCAUUCAUAAUGAAAUAUACUAAACAGAAUUUUAUGAUGUCAGUUCUUGGCAUUAUAAUCUACAUAACUGAUUUAAUUGUGGACAUAUGGGUAUCUGUCAGAUUUUUCCAUGAAGGACAGUAUGUUUUUAGUGUUUUAGCAUUAAGCUUUAUGCUUUUUGGAACACUUGUGGUUCAGUGUUUCAGUUAUUCUUGGUUCAAGGCUGAUUUAAAGAAAGCAGGCCAAGAAAGUCAGCAUUGUUUUCUUCUACUUCAUUGCUUGCAAGGAGGAAUUUUUACAAGGUAUUGGUUUGCCUUGAAAAGGGGUUACCAUGCAGCUUUUAUGUAUGACAGCAAUACUACUAACUUCAUGGAAGAGCAAAUCGAUCUACAUAAAGAAGUUAUAGAUAGAGUGACUGAUUUGAGCAUGCUCAGACUAUUUGAGACCUACCUGGAAGGCUGCCCACAACUUAUUCUUCAACUCUACAUUCUUCUGGAGCAUGGACAAGCGAAUUUCAGUCAGUAUGCGGCUACCAUGGUCUCUUGCUGUGCUAUUUCUUGGUCAACUGUUGAUUAUCAAGUAGCUUUAAGAAAAUCCUUACCUGACAAAAAGCUUCUUAAUGGAUUAUGUCCUAAAAUCACAUAUCUCUUUUACAAGUUUUUUACAUUAUUAUCGUGGAUGCUGAGUGUUGUACUUCUACUAUUCUUAAAUGUUAAGAUUGCUUUAUUUAUGUUGUUAUUUCUUUGGUUGUUAGGUGUAAUAUGGGCAUUUAAAAAGAACACCCAGUUUUGUACUUCUGUAAGUAUGGAAUUCUUAUAUAGGAUUGUUGUUGGAUUCAUUCUUAUCUUUACGUUUUUUAAUAUUAAGGGACAGAAUACCAAGUGUCCAAUGUCUUGUUAUUAUAUUGUUAGGGUACUGGGCACUUUGGGCAUAUUGAUUGUAUUCUGGGUUUGCCCUCUCACUGUUUUUAAUUCAGACUAUUUUAUACCUAUCAGUAUCACUAUAGUUCUUACUCUUCUUCUUGGAAUUCUUUUUCUUAUUGUUUAUUAUGGGACUUUUCACCCCAACAGAAGUGAAGAAACAAAAUGUGAUGAAAUUGAUGGAAAACCAGUUCUAAGAGAAUGUAGAAUGAGAUAUUUCCUAAUGGAAUAAGCUAUUCAUUUAUGAUGUAUAUUUUCUUAUAUUUUAUUUCAUUGGUUAGUAAAGAAAAUGUGUAUUA